AUAGAGUGUCGAGACAAUAAUUCACUCUCUCAUUUUUCUUCUUCUUUUUUUCUCAGCGGCAGCCCUCGUCUCUGUUCUUCUCUUUAUCAGAUUCACAGUGUUGAAUCGGGAAGAAUUGGGGAUUUUGAGAAUAGUAGCGCUAAAGAUACGCUCAAAGCUCGCUGAUUCUGAAUCACAGCAAAAAGAAAAGAAAGGGGAUUUGUAACAAAAACCCUAGCUACGCAUCCUAAGCUGCAAUCUAUCAAGCACAAAAAUCAUGGUGGGAAUGACGCAAGCCUUGUCUACCCAAUUUAAGAGCUGCCGUUUACUUCUAGGAAAUGUUUGGAACAAGGAACUGUCUAUCGUACAGCGUCGUAUUCUCAGAAAACUUAGGAGCAAGAAGAGAUCCCGGAGUCGAAAUGUUGUGGCAAACCAGAACAGUCACAUUCAAUUAGCCACUCGCCGAAAGUUGUCCCUUCUUUACCACGAAGGAAUCCAUAGAAGAGAACGAACAACAUCUGAAUUUGUCCCGUUUUUACUCGAUCUAGAAACCAGAUUGGAUGUUCUUCUGGUUCGUAGCCAUUUUUGCCAAACUAUCCCUCAAGCAAGGCAGCUGAUCAGUCAUGGAAGAGUAUGUGUCAAUAAUGCAGUUCGAAGUAUUAAUCAUUUCAAAGUUUCCCCUGGUGAUGUAAUCUCAUUCCAAAACAACGAGGCAGUCCAUGCAGAAGUUCGUAGAUCACUCUUCUGCUCAGUGCUCAAAAUUAUGGGCCAAGUCCAGAAUCAGCCCAUCCGCAUGUGGAGAAGAACCAAAGUAGAAUGGUUACGCCUACUCAAAACUAAGGCGGGCAGCCGUGUACUAAUGAAAUCAGACUUUCUGAGAGACUUGCAUUCCACAACGCAAGAAGCAGCCAUAGAAAAAUCUAAGAAGACUGGUAGUGCUGCAGUCUGCCUAGGCAGUCACUUCGCAGAGCACAACAACAUCAAGACCCAUUUGUACAAUUUCACCUGGCGAAUGCUCAAUCUGGCACAAAACAUGACGAUACCAAAAUGAAAAACCUGUAAGGCUACACAAAUUCCUACUUUUCAUAGUUGCAUCUUUUUUCUUCUCUUUUCUUUUCUGGAUGUUCCAUUCAAGUGUAUUGGUUGUUAACUCUCGUCAUGCUACCAGGGGUAAAGUAGACAUACAUGAUUUCUUCACCUGAUAAGAUGAGGUUCCUGUCACUUUUGUCACUUUUUUAUGUGAAAACAUGUUACUGCAUCAUAAUAAUACCUAUUUCACUUUUGUCACUUUUGUCAAUUUUUAUGGAUUUUGUACUUGAGAGAACUGAUAUUGGUGAGAUAACAAUAGUAAAGUAAGGUUUCUGCUAUGCAAAAAACUUUAUGCAAAAUUCUUCUUUUUGCUCCGA